AUGACAGACACAUUCACCCCACCUCCCCUCCCACCGCCCUUCACCUCGGACACAAAUGCCCCAGUGCUUCUCGCCCAGGGCGCAGAAGCGCGCUUGUAUAAAAGCCAUUUUCUGAAUCCCUCACUGCCGGCGGCAUUGAAGUUCCGACCAUCGAAACCAUAUCGUCAUCCGAUCCUAGAUAGACGACUGACUCGACAACGCAUACUUCAAGAAGCAAGAUGCCUGGUUAAAUUAUUAAAGGAGGGCAUACCCGUUCCGGCUGUCUAUUCAGUGGAUUGGAAUGCCGACUCAGAUGAAGCUGAAAAUACGAAUGGAGGUGCUUGGUUGAUGAUGGAGUGGAUCGAAGGCCCUCCAAUCAGACAAGCCAUAAACAACUGGGAAAAAUGGGUAAAGCAAUGCGAGCGCUUUACAGGAGGGGAAGAAAAGACAAUAAUCGAAGAUUUAGCUCGCGCAAAGCAGGAGAUGUGCUCGUUACUAAGAAAAAUUGGGCUUGUACUCGGUGAUUUGCACAAAGCGGGAGUGAUUCAUGGAGAUCUAACGACCAGUAACCUUAUUUUAAGGUGUCAGGAUGCGGAAGCUGUGACUUCUUCUUCUGACACUGGCAAACAUACACUACCGAAAUUAACCGGAGAAAUUGUGCUCAUUGAUUUCGGCCUUGCUAGCCAAAGUGUCCAAGAUGAAGACAGAGCUGUUGAUCUUUAUGUGCUCGAAAGAGCGUUUGGCAGCUCGCACCCAAAGACCGAAGAACUUUUUGAUGAAGUCCUUCGAGGCUAUCAGGAACGAUUUAAGGGCUCAGCCUCUGUAUUGGAAACCUUGAAAAAGGUCCGGAUGAGAGGCCGGAAACGAAGCAUGGUUGGAUAG